AUGAGCAUCCCACUGGCCCUCAAUGCCUCUUACCGGGUCUACCCUACAGGGGUGGUGGCCCCCGCUGACAUGGGCUACGACGGUUACUACUGGCCCUCGGUGAAGGAGGAGAUGGAGCCGGGGAGCUGCUCCGGGGGGUUCCCUGCCCCCGAGGCUGUUAACGGCCCGGAAGGGAAGGGCCCCAGCAAUAACCCAGAUCUCUCCCCAAGGUCUUCCAGCUCUGGGAUAUUCACUUAUUAUACACCAGAUUCUGCAACCAGCCCCAACAAGCCGCCCCCCUCCCCAGACCUGACUUCUACUCCCCAGCGGUGCAAGGAGGAAAGUAAAGGAGGCAAGAAGAGCAAGAACCGCACGGCUUUCUCUCAAAGGCAGCUGCAGGUCUUGCACCACAGAUUCCAGAUGCAGAAAUAUCUCAGUCCACAACAGAUCCGAGAACUGGCCUCUGCCUUGGGACUCACCUACAAACAAAUAAAAACCUGGUUUCAGAAUCAGCGGAUGAAAUUUAAACGAACCCAGAAGGAAGCUGUGUGGAUGAGAAGAGGAAUAUGCCAACCUCAGAACGGUUACCUGGACAUAAACCCCAGCUAUCACCAAGGAUACGCCAUCAACGAUGCUAGGAAUAUCCAUUCAUUGGCCAAUGCCCACGAGAACUAUGCCAGCAAUCCCGUCGGCGUCAACAACCAGAACUAUAGCAGCGAUCACAGCCAGAUCUACGGCAGCCCCCAGGGUCUGUGUCCAGUAGUGGGAGAAGGAGAGGAUGGAGGCUUCUUUGGGAAGGCUGCUGGGCCCUGUUAUGGCCAACAGGCAAUCGGGUACAUCGGCCAGCAAAGGAUGAACUUCUGUCACGGUUUCUCUGCAAGCCUGGAGUAUGCUGCUGUGAAGAUGGAGGGUGGAUAUCCUUUUCCCAGUGUAUCUGCCACUGCACCAGGCACCUCUGUCCUGCAACAUUAUCAGACAGACCCUCUUGCAAACCCAAGGACACCAGAGCAGCUCUAAUUCCCAGACUUUAGGUUCUCUCCCUGCCACCCAGGGCUCUCAUUCUUUUACUGCUUUCUCUUCAGAUUCUCUUGCUGCAAAUAGGAGUCCCGCUCCUAUUGUCCCACCUCCUUCACUGGCAUCUGUGAGGGAUCUUGGCACUUGGAAAAAAACAACAGAAAAUGGGCAGUUUUAU